AGACACGAUACUACCGGUUUCUCUCCUGAGUAGCGCCUUCUGUUCCCGUAUAACAAAUUCAUGGAAGUCGAUAGUUCAGCCAACCCAUCGCGGGUUGACGACCACGAUCAAGCACCUCUCUUGUCAAAGACACAGAGCCAUGGGAGUGAAAUCCGUCCACGGACCGAGUCAAACAACUCGGACCGCAACAUCACAACCCCCUUCUCAUUACUGGUCUUUUACUUCAUGGCAGUCAAUUUCUUGCUAGCAUUUGGUGAGCAUAUCAUAGUGGCGCCAUUGAUCAAGCUCUUCGAGAACUCUUUGUGCUUAUCGCAUUACGGCUUUCCUGACCAUGUGCUCGAUCCGGAAUUAUGUCAGAUCAUCGACGUUCAGCGGCCUCUUGCUCAGAUUCGAGGAUGGAAAUCGAUGUUUGAUGUUAUUCCAGGUACGUUCCAGUUUGCAGUCCUCUAAUAAAUUAUCUGUUGAAACUUUUCUGUAGUUAUCCUGGUGACAAUUCCGAUGGGAAGACUGGGAGAUCGGUAUGGGCAAAAGAACUUGGCCGCAUUGGCGAUCUUCGGAUUCGCUGGGUCGUUAUGUGAGAUACUCAUUGUUUGUAAGAUCAACUCAUAGCCUUGAUCUUGAAGCUUGCCAACAUCUAUAGGUGCAUUCCCAAAAGUCUUUCCUCUUCAACUCGUAUGGUUCUCAUCCGCCAUUCUACUGUUGGGAGGCGGAUUAAAUUCAGCUUCAGCCUACAUGUGGGCAAUGGCAUCACAAACCAUUCCCUCAGCUAAAAGGCAAGGCUCUCUUUCAUUGACCACCUUACGCACUCUAAUGUAUUUCUAGGAGUCACGGCUUCUAUAUUAUGUUUUCUGCAUAUUAUAUUGCUGAGAUGGUCGCGUCGUUUAUUGCCACUGUGACUACCGAUAUAUCUCCUUGGGUUCCAUGCGGACUGUCAUUGGUCUCUGUCCUUGCUUGCUUGCCAGUCCUAUCUGCUAUGCCAAACGUAAAGCCAGCAAAACCUCUAUCAGAAUCUGGAAUAUUUGGUGAGGGGUUGGAAGCCCGUACGGAAGAAUCUGCCAUCAUUUCAACCUUGAAAAGAAUCCUCAGAGUAUCAUCAAUCAGGAAUGUGCGCUUCACAAUACCCGUAUUUCUUGUUGGUAUUCUGAGAUUUGGGACUCUCAACAUUCUUAUCCAAUACGCUCAUGUUCGCUUCAAGCAAAAGAUAUCCACUGGAGCUGCUUAUUUCACGGAAACGGCCAUCGUCAACAUAUUCCUCUUUCUUUUUCUCAUACCACAGGUGACCUCUUAUAUUCGGCGAGAAUACAAGAUCAGGCCUCAAGUUAUCGAUCUGUUCCUCGUCCGAAGCAGCCUAACGUUCAUGUGUGUUGGAGCGCUCGCUAUCGGAAUUGCUCCUAAAAGAGAGUUGCUGCCAAUAGGUAAGUGCUUCAAAAUAUGAAUGUGUGGAUUGACUAAUAGGAAUUAGGGGUUGCCAUUUUCGCAGCGGGAUUCGGCAGCAGAGUUUCUGGAAUUGCUCUUUUGUCUUAUUGGAUCACUGAGGACGAGAAAUCAACCGUUUACGCGGCUGUCACAGUGUUGGAAGGUGUUGGUCAUGCAUUUAUUGAUCCUUCAAUGCAACAGAUUUUCGCGACAUCAUUGAGUUUGCCCGAGGUCUGGCUUGCAAUUCCAUUUUUUGUCGCGGCUGUGAGUAAAGUUUCUAGAGCGCAUGAGUAUAAAGCUGACUUUGAGAAGGGAUGUUAUUUAAUUGCCAUUCUAUCAACAUCUUGUAUUCGUAUUGAGAACGAGAGCGACGAUAAUGAGGACCUGCUCCAUCGAGAUUGACCAAUAUUAGACCAAAGACUUUGACAAACUCGGUAAUCAUUUUCUGAUCAUAGGAUAUAAUUCAAGUUCCUGGUCUCAGUCUUAAAUCUAUCGCCACUCGAACACGAUCUAGGAAAGAAUGAGUUGUGUCUUGUCAGAAGCAGUAUCUACUCAAGCCCUGAGUAUAGCGAUCAUGACUUUGAAGUCUGGAUUUUACCUAAAUAGCCAUGCCAUCAAAAUAUCCCUCGGAAACCACCCAGUCGUCUCAAUGACCGGCCCUGUGUACGUCUUCCUUCCAUUCAUGAGCCAGAAUACCCCCGCGAACAGUAAUAUGACCCCGAAAACUAAGAUACCGUAAUUCAUACUCUCAAAAUUCGGGUAAUUUGCAGUAGGCCACAUGGAAAAGAAAGUCCCAAGAAUCGAAUAAGCAAUAGCACCGACUGUGACUGGAACUCCCCAUAGCCCCAAUCUGAAAGGUCCCCAUGGUAUCUCGUUCGCCGGAGUUGUGAGACGUUUAUGCAACAUUACCACCGCAGACAAGAUAAAGGAUGAGUAGUAUGAUGCUACUAUAAGAGAUAUGAAUGCCCCAAAUCCUACUGAAGAACCGAUGUUGAUGGGUGAUAAGAGGAGAUUUAUCAAUACUGUUGCGCCUAUGGCGUAAAGUGGGAGAUAGGUUCGACCAUCGACUCUGGCGAGAUAUCUUGAACCUGGGAGGCCCUCUUCACGAGCGAAAGCCGAGAGCAUACGGGAAGCAGUGGCGAGGGCUCCGACCGAGGUGAAGAUUUCUGUUAUAAUAAUUAUGUAGGUCUGUAGAUGGCAGAAAUUAUCAGCUUGCUGUUUUCCUUUUUCAUUGAUACUUAUUUCCGACUCGCAGGUCAACCUAGGAGUGCAGUGCCGCCAGCCUUGUAACCUACGGCAUAUUUAAAUAUACCAAUAAACGGGAAUAGGUCUCGCUAUUGAGCACCGAGUCGACGUCAUUGGGUAUAUAGAAUAAGAGUGGAAGAAGCAUAGCAAGACCC